AGCAGUACCGGACGUGACUUCGGAUAUCCUUUGUGCUUCUCGAAGCAGGAAUUCAGCUUCUCACCACGUCGAUAUUGCUCUCAACAACGUUCAAGUAGGGAAUGACGACGUCUGCCCCUUCACUCUCCGAUCCCAACUGGCAAUAUGGCAUGGGAGGAUGGAACAAUCCUCGCCUUCCAAACUUCAAUCUUCACGACCCGACCGUGAUCGGAGUUGAUUGGCUGGGAUUUCUUUGUCUUCUUGGUGCCUCUCUCGCCCUCAUGUACAAGCUCAUGUCGUUCAAGGGCCCCGAUGGCGACCAAGAGUUCUUCGUCGGCUACCGGGAAGAGAAGUGCCUCUCCAUCUACGUCAACCUCAUCGCUGCCAUCACCUACUGGGGCCGUAUCUGCGCUCACUUCAACAAUGACAUGGGCCUUUCUCUGUCUGUCAACUACUUCAAGUACCUGGACUACAUCUUCACCUGUCCUAUCCUGACGCUGGAUCUGCUGUGGUCGCUCAACCUCCCCUACAAGAUCACCUACUCUCUCUUCGUCGGAUUGACCAUCGCAUGCAACGCGUUCGAGCCUCCCGCGCGGUACCUCUGGUUCAUGUUCGGCUGCUUCAUCUUUGCCUUCACGUGGAUCAGCAUCAUCCGCCUCGUCUACGCGCGGUUCCAGCAGUUUCUCAACGAGGACGCGAAGAAGAUCCGAGCGCCUCUCAAGCUCUCCCUCACCCUCUACUUCAGCAUCUGGUGCGGCUACCCGGCCCUCUGGCUUCUCACCGAGUUCGGAGCCAUCUCCCAGCUGGCAGCCCACGUGAUGACUGUCAUCAUGGACGUCGCCGCCAAGUCUGUGUACGGCUUCGCCCUGCUCAAGUUCCAGCUGGGGGUGGACAAGCGAGACGUCUGGCUCGAUGAGCUCAAGAGCGUCAGGUAUCGUGACGUCGUCCCUCAGAUCCGACCGUCGAAGACGCGAGAGAGCCGCAUGGAGUAUUCAGAGGACGGAGAUUUCAUGCGUCCGAGCAAGGGGAAGAGGGCGGAAGGAGACUACAUGAACCCUCGCUGGGACCACCAUGACGAUGGGAGGAGGCUGCCCGACAGCCGGGAGAUGGACGAGCAAGUGCACGAGAAGGACCAGGAGAUCUCGUCGACGAUGAAGCAGAUCGCCGACCUCAACAAGCAGCUCUCUGCCAUGCAGGAGUCCGAGGCCGUUUGAGCCCUUGGAUCAUGACCGUGCCAGACUUUCUUGAGGCUUGCGAGCAGCCGAGAAGAGCGUGUGUGUGUGUAAAUAUAAGCAAAUGAGCAUAUAAGCAAAUGAGCAUGUAAGC